GCAUCAAGGUACAUGUGGACAAUGUGCAGCAUCCGCGAAUAGCAGCAGCACUAAAGCACUACGUAAGUCGCAUGUACAGUGGUCUCUUAUGUAUGAUCUGCCUGGCCUUUUGUCUCUCUCUUUCUGCCCUUGCCUGCCAAGCGCUGUAUGUCGAUCGCCCUCCAUGCGUUGUCUGAUAUGAUCCCCUUUUAAGUAAUCGCCAUGGCCAGUGAGCUGGCUGGACGAGUCAGUCACCCCGGAGUUGAGGUACUUUUCCAAUUCCACCAGCCAGAUCCAUCCCUUCCUUGUCACCCACACCUUUCUGCAGCAUGUCAAACUGCCUUCCACACAUGGAACAUGAAAGAAUGUGGCGUCUAUUUUGAGUGCCUGAAGCUUCACCGCAGACCUUGAAUUGGUGUCACUCGAAACCCUUGCUGCUUCUGUCUUUGUUUCUUUGUUUUGUGUUUGGUACUUCGACAGUACGCGCUGUUAUGUAUUUUUGGGCCCUUUCGGGAUGUUUUAUCUCCAUGAUCUACUGUACUCGACGGGAUCUCCGUUCCAAGAAUCACCACACUCAAUAGUACCCAGUCAAUUAGCCGAGACUUAACAUUGUCGCCUCUGCUCGCUAAGAUGAUGGAGGGGAAGGCACUAGUGGGCAAUGAAUCUGGUUGGCAGGGCGAUUUUCAAGCCCCAAAAACACAACGGUCGAUCUUAUCACCGGAAGCUCCCACUCAUUUCGUUCGGAGGAUGCAAUGGAACCAGGCCGUAAUGGGCUAACUAAAUGAUGGCACCAGGAAUGGGUCCGGGGCCAUUCAUGACAAGACACAAGCAGCUGUGAUGAUAACAAUACUACGUACGAUGAUGACCAUAGCCUUUUUUUUAUUUCCCCUUACUCCCACGUUUACAACCUCCCCAGGCUGGCCCAUUGCAGAUCAGCCAACAACGUUUUAC